GAUUCCAGUCAAUGAUUCCUCAGACUUAAAGAAAAUGUCCAGCUCAGAAGGUUUUGCUGCUGUAUUCUACAGUGAGCCAGGAGUCCUGGGACUCUUGGCCAAUGUAAUCAGUGCCUUCCUUGUAGCUCUUCAGAAUUUCGCUCAAGUCAAUACAGGCAUUUUGGCCAAUGGAACUGAAAACAUCUUGGCAGGUGUUCACCUUGUCUUGAUUGGUGGAGUGACACAACUUGUUGCUGGACUAAUGUCCUUCAGAAAGUACGACCAUCUAGGUGGCACAGCUUUUAUAGCAUUUUCAGCUUUGUGGAGCAGCUUUGGGGCAACUCGGAUUAUUCUGGGAGCAAACUCCCCUCUUAAUGUCACUUUGGGCACUCUGAAUCUAAAAAACAUCAGUGUUGUAAAUAAUAGUUUAAAUGUGGCUUUGGCUCCUAUUAGUGAGUCAGCUGUUGCAGGGUUAGUAGCUUACAUCAGUGUAGCAUUUAUUUUGUCCUUCUGUUCAGCUACAACUAAUUACAUCAUGCCUUUUGUGUUUGGGGCCAUAGCAAUUACCCUCAUUUUUGAGGCUGUGGGCCUCUUUAGUCAAUGGGCUUUAAUACUAUCUGGAAUCUUUGAACUAGUGAUUGUUGCCUUUGGGCUUUAUGGAGCCACUGCCUUGCUUUUAAAGGGAGUCACCCAGAGGUACAUCCUUCCAGGGUUUGGCAAUGCAUUAUUCAAUGUGCUGCUUCUUGGAGCAGCUAAUAAAUCAUCUUCUAAGACCAUAGGUGAAGAGAAAAAGAAGAACACCAAAUAUGCUGAGCCAAUGGCACUUGGUAACUUGUGCAGUGUGAUUUCUCCCUUCUUCUUUGCUUUUUACUGCUUUGGAUACAUUAAAUCAUUUUAUGUGGGAGCUGUGUGGGUCAGCAUAAAUUCUAUCGCUCAGCUUUAUGCCAGCUACUAUGGUUAUUUGCGCAGUGAUGUCUACUUUGCCACGAAGUUUUGUGUCCAUAGUAUGUACUGGCUUGUGAAGUCCUGGGAGGAGUUCAUUUUAACAGUCCUCAUAAAUGUUAAUAAUUUAGACAGCAGCAGAGCCAGGAUGACAGGAGACUGGUUUUUUUUGGUCACAGCUUUGAUUUUGUGCCUGAUGUCUCUGAAUAUAAACAAACUUGAAAUGAUCCAUAAUGGCUUUUUUGUUCUUCUCACCAUCUCCACCAUUCCUCAGAUUAACAGUGUAUCAUAUUACAGAUUUUUUGGAGCAGUUUGCUCCAUGUAUACAGCCCUCUCCAUUUAUGCAACAUUUGCCAGCCUAAUCAACUCGAUAGCAGAAAAGGCACUGAUUCCUUUUGGAACCCAAAUCCUCUCUUCAAAAACAUUUCAGAAUAUUCUAUUUGCCCCAAAACAGAGGUUCACCAAAGUUGAGGAGCCCCCAUCCUUUACUACUGUGCAGCUUCCAGACGCCCUCUUCUACAUUUGCAAUGGACUGGCAGCCCUGUCCGCAAUCCAGAGUGCAAACUUGGACCAGGCCCAAGCUCAUCUUACUAUUCCCUGGGUCCUGAUCCCUGGAACUCUAAUCCAACUCUACGUGUCCAGGAUUCAAGUCCGAGGAGGAAGGCGUUUUGGCUCUAUAUUACCCUUCUGUUAUGCAGCUAUCUGGGCAACGUGGACCUGGCUUCGAUUUGCAGGUCAUUUGUUAAAUAUUGAUCCCAGUUCUGAUGGUGGAUUCACUGCAGGAGCGGUAGCUUUCCUUAUAGUCAACAUGUUUCUGGUUAUCUCAGCUACUUAUAUUAACAUGGUGCUACUCCUAGCCACAGUCAUUAUGGAAGUGAUAAUCAUCUGCUUUUUACUCUUCACCCUGGAGCGACUGCCUCUUCCUUUGGAAGGUGUGAUGCUGACUUUGUUCAGUCUUGUCUGUGUUUAUGGAGCAAUUGCCUCUUUUGCCAACCAUGUGUUUGGGAAACAACUAAUUCCUCUGGGUGACUCUCUAUACAAGGCUGGAACAAACAAAAAGAAAGAUCAAGCCUCUUUGCCUUGUCCCAUUUCUACUUCACGGCAAACUAGUGGUCUACAAACUAUCACAAAGAUCUUAGAUUCUGGUUGUGUGUGCGGCAUCCCAACUGAUACUGUGUAUGCUCUGGCAGCUUCCUGUAAACACCCAGAAGCUAUUGAACGUAUCUACAACAUAAAGGAGCGUCCUAUGGAGAAGCCCAUCUGUAUCUGUAUCUCCAAUCUGGAUCAGCUGUCUGCAGUGUAUCCUCCAUUCAGCCCAUUGCUCUGGGAGUUCAUGAACCAUGUCUACCCUGGAGGGAUCAGCUGUAUUGUGAAGAAAGGAGAAUGGCUGAAGAAACUAGGUGUUGGUGCUGCCUAUGACCGUGUUGGUACAAAGGAUAGCAUCAUGAUCCGUGUUCCUGACCACACUGUAACAGCCCAUCUCGUGAAUAUGACUGGUCCACUAGCCAUUACGUCAGCCAACCCUAGUGGAGAGCCUGAUAGUACCCACCAUGACAUGGUUAUCUCGCGCCUCGGAUACAAAAUUGAUGGCGUUUUAUGUGAUGGAAACUCCAAUGAAUUGGUUGCUUCCACUGUCGUCAACUGUACCAAGAUUGAUGAUGAAGGAAUCACCAUUCUAAGAGAAGGCUGUGUCCCAGCAGUGAGAGUCAUUCAGCUUUUUGAACAAGUGAAGCACAAGCUUGACUAAUGGCAAACCUCAAAUAAUGAAAACUUUCAAAACUGAUAUGCAAUGAAGAUGCAUAGAACACCUGCAUAUAGUCAUAGAGUGCAAACGAUAAGAUUAUUACACCUGCGGGUAACUUCUCAUUAUCAAUGAUGGAUGUGGCAGUAGGUAUAAUGCAGUGAUACAUAGUGGUUUCCUUUUAUUAAAGGGAACAUGGGAGAUCAUGAUUUGCUACACUUUCAUGGUUAUUGGUUCACCUUACCAAAGCAGAAUUUUAUAUUGCGGGGCUACAAAGACCUGAUAGGAAGCGUGUUGAUCCAACUGAAUAACAAUCAGCAGGUAAUAACUUUGCAAUUAAUGAAUAGUUAAAUAUCAGUUCUAUCACUCUCAUGCAUAAAGUAAAAGUCAUAAGAUGUAUAUUUAUAUAAAUAACUGUAAUAAAAUCAGCCUUUAUCAAUGUAAUCAUUGAAUUCAUUCAUUAAAGAGCUGAAACUUCAUCUUCAACUUGAGACAGAGCUCAAGUAAACCUCAGGGUUACACCUGCAUUGUUCAGCUUUGAAGUCUGAUGCUACCCAUAUUAUGGUCAUGUUACAUUUCCACCUGAGGAUAUGAAGCUGAGUACCAAAUUAUUUGUGGUGUCAUGUUUGUUGAAACAAUAGCCUGUACACCCAGUAAGCUACAACCUACCUAUAUGACAUCAUUCUUCCUGUCAUAAUCUUGGUGACAAUUGCACUUUUUCUACUCUAUCCCAGUAUAAUAGUAAGAAUGUCCUUUCUACUAUUCUAAUACUAAACUAUGAAUUUUGUCAAUACUAGUUUUAGUAAGAAGACAGUACCUUCAUAAUAUAAAUAGUAAAAAUAAAAGGAAAACUGCACAUUCUAGAAUUUUGGAAUUAAAACAGUAAACACAGCAGUAUCUGAAGGUGAAAAAGAAGUUAACAUUCCGGGGGGAAUCAUUGAUCAGAACUGAUAUGUUUCUAUUACUUUAGUAGAUCUAAAUUAGAAUACUGUUGUAAUGUGUCCAGGAAAUGCUGUGUGAAUCCAUAUCAGUUAAUAACUUACAAAUAAUGGAAAAAAAGGUUUUGGAAAACACUGAAUAGGAAAUUAAGAUCAUUGUAAUUAUUGACUAGAAAUGACUGGGAGUUAUUUUACACUUUAUUUUUGUCAUUACUUUGGUAUUUUAACACAGGUCCUAAUUUGCUUAUUUAAAAUUGGUCAAAAUUUCUUUUAAAAGAGCAGUGUCCCUCAUGUUUCGAACCCACCCAGGAUUACAGGUAUCUCCGGGACAUAAAACGUUUCUCGGACUGCUGUUCCCGUCACAUUCUGAAAUCCACACUCAGUGCCAUGCGCCGCCAUAUGAACACGC